CUUUUUCUGUAGUCCAGCGUUUACUUUACAUCUCAAUGGUUAUUCAGUCAAAGUACCUUGUGUUUUCCUUGUCUGCUGUUGCCGCAGCUGUUGCUGCUGCUGUAGCCUACAUGCGAUGGAGAAAGAAGCAAAGAAAGGAGUACCAUGUAGUAGGACACGUUAGUGGGCUGUUCAUAUACCCUGUUAAGUCCUGCAGGGGCAUACAACUAGAAAGCACCAAGUGUCUGAGUCAUGGGCUAAAACAUGACAGGCGAUGGGUUUUCUUGAAUGCAAAAGGGAAUUUUAUUUCUCAGCGUGAACAACCAUCACUGGCCCUGGUUACCCCAUCUUUUAAAUUGUCUGAUGAUGGUGAGGUAGAGUGCCUUUACUUGGAUGCACCUAACAUGGAAACACUGAAAGUGGAUCUACCGCUCAACACUGAAGAAUACAAAAAUAUUGAUGUUUUUGGAAUAGUAGGUGAAGGACAAUCAGCAGGUGAAGAGGCAGCAGCAUGGAUCUCUAAGUACCUAGACAAGCCAGGCUGUCGACUCUUGCACAUGACCAAACCAAGGGUGUUACAGACAGACACAAUCUGGGGUAAAUACGUUGCUACACCUGAUGACAAGAGUGGAUUUGGAGACUUUGCUCCAGUCCUAGUAGCAACCACUGAAGCACUUAAUGCCUUGAAUAAAGAACUUGAAAAUCCAGUUAACAUGAAGAGGUUUCGACCAAAUGUAAUAGUAACAGGGACAAGUACAUAUGAUGAGGAUAACUGGAAAAAAAUUAAAAUAGGGGAUGUUGAAAUGAGGUAUCUCAAGCACUGUGACAGAUGUAUAAUGACAACAGUUGAUCCUGAGAGGGGUGUGAAGACUGGAAGAGAACCCCUUCACACACUAAGAAGGAUUCGCAUGCCUGCAAACAGAGACAAGAGAUAUGCAAAUGCUCCAUUUUUUGGAUUACACAUCACUGUUGAGAAAGAAGGAGAAAUCAAGGUUGGCGAUGACGUUUAUGCAAAAGAAUAAAGGAAUAUCAAAAGUAUAGCAUACCAUAAAAUCCCAGUUAUAAGCUCUCCUGGUCAUUAGCCAUCCCAGUUACUCAGCCGUAAGCUCACCUUGGGGAUCUGACCCCCACGAUUAAAUGUAAACCCAUAUCUAGGUGAUCUCACCUCGAAGCAUACAAAGGAUUAUUUGUCAAAUCCAACAGUUCCUAAUACCCAGUGUCUUAUUUCAUAAUAUCUCACGGUAAUGAAAAUGACGCCUAGUGACUAAUCAAGACAACACCAAUUUUGCUUACUUUUGUUGCAUUUAUACGUCUUUGUUUUAAUUAAUUUUAAUUGCCGUGUUUAAUCCCAAAGUCUUAUUUGGAUGGAAUUUAAAUACUAGAAURACAAUGGAUAUAUUUUGUCUUACCUGGGUGUGCUGUAAGUCAGUGCUUUAUAUUUUCCAUGUAAAUAAAUAUCCAACACCAUGUAUUWUAUCUAUGUUCAUUAGCAAACAUUUCAUGGCAGAACCAAGAAAAUUACAUUAGAAAAUGUUGAAAUUUUUGAGUGUUUUGCCUGAUGAAUGAAAGCUGUCCUCUAUCAACAAUUUAUUACUUUAAUAUUAUGAAACUCAAAUUGACUCAUCRACCUUUAAAAAUAAUUUUAUAUUUUCCUUAGUUUUCGACCGACACGGUCAUCCUCAGAGGAACUAAAAUACGUUACAAUAUUAACAAAAACUACGCGAUCAAACGUUGUACAUAUGCGUGAGCAAAAGAAUCACGUGCACAAACCUGAAAGCACGAGCAUUGAAAAUCACAAAAGAUUUAUGUAAUUUGCUGGCAGAAUUCUGCCACGGUCUCUAUUAAAAAUAAUGUUCUUUUGUCAUCUGAGGAUGACCGUGUCAGUCGAAAACUAAGGAAAAUAUAAAAUUAUUUUUAAAGGUUGAUGAGUCAAUUUUAGUUUCAUAAUAUGAAUCCAACCUACAAAAACCUUUACGACUUACUUUAAUAUUAUUAUAAUAUAAUUUAUGUGGUCAUGUAAUACUGUACUAUACAAAAUAUAUUAAAACUGCUUUUUAAUUCUA